GGGGCCGGCGGCGGCGGCGCAAGAUGGCGGCGACCACGGGCGCGGGAGUAAAAGUUCCUCGUAAUUUUCGUCUUUUGGAAGAACUUGAAGAAGGUCAGAAGGGAGUAGGGGAUGGAACAGUUAGCUGGGGCCUUGAAGAUGAUGAAGAUAUGACACUUACAAGAUGGACAGGAAUGAUUAUUGGGCCUCCAAGAACAAUUUAUGAAAACAGAAUAUACAGCCUUAAAAUAGAAUGUGGGCCUAAGUAUCCAGAAGCACCUCCAUUUGUAAGAUUUGUAACAAAAAUUAAUAUGAAUGGAGUAAAUAGUUCUAAUGGAGUGGUGGACCCCAGAGCCAUAUCAGUCCUAGCAAAAUGGCAGAAUUCUUAUAGUAUCAAAGUUGUUCUGCAAGAGCUUCGGCGUCUAAUGAUGUCUAAAGAAAAUAUGAAACUUCCUCAGCCACCUGAAGGACAAUGUUACAGCAAUUAAUUAAAAAAAAAACAAACCAACAUGCCCCCCUUAUUCAAUUUAAGCUGUCUUCAUUUUCCACAGUAGUAAAUUUUCUAGAUGCAUCUUGUAGACCUCAAAAUACUGGAAAGGAAGUUCCCAUUCAAAGGAAGUUUUUCUUGAGAUACUGUAAAUGAUACUAAUUUUUUUUUUCAUUUGAAAUAUAAGUUGUGCUAUAACAAAUAAUCCUGUCGUGUAACCACUGUCCACAUAGCUGAACUUCUGGUAUCAGGAAAAGUCUAUUUAAAUUUAUUACUGUCAAGACCAGUGUGGCACAUCCAACUUAACUGUGAAAGGAUCCAUCCCACAAUCACCUUGCUGUGUGUCUGGCCUGGGUUAUUUUUUUUCUUUCUCUGUCUUUUGCAAUAGAGUCGAAGCUCAGGGCUAUUUAUUAGAGUAGACACAAAGGUUUUUGCUUCCAGUGCUACACUGGGCUGUAUGGACUACUACUGGGGAUGUGUGCUAACCUCAGUCAUCCCUCCCUUUGUGCUCGCUCUAGUAAAGGCUGAAUGUGACUGUGGUCGUUUUUGGGUUUUUAUUAUUUUUUUUAAAUGCCCUGAUAAUCUGGGGCAAGCUUUCCUUCUUUCCUUUGGCCAAGGCAUAGAUUGUAUUUCUCUUCCUGGUCCCCCUCACCAGUGACAUGAGCUUUGGGUGAGGGAUUCAGGGUUCUUUUAAUCUCUUCCCUCUUCCCCUCUUUUUAGUGGGGGUGCUGCUUUCUUUUUGCCCCUCUUGGUGACUCUUCUCACCCCUGGCCCAGGGGUGAGCCUCGGGGCAAUAACUUGACCUAUUCCCUCCUGCUUAUCAUUUUGGUUUUGCAACAAAUUUAGUCUUCACCAGCCUGGGAAACAAGAGUAUCUGUUCUGCUGGCAAACGUGGGUUUUCCCUUCCCUGCAGCACUGCUGCCACACCGCCAAGCUGGCCACGGCCGUGCUCUUAGAUAGGCUUUGAGUGGGGAAAAGAGCAGUAAUUUACCAGGAUUGCCCAAACCUUCUGCUGCCAAACCUUAGUGGGGGAGACUCUGCACGCAGAGAUUGUGACCACGCUCCAGGUACCCUCAAAUCGCUGUGUUUUGGUGCUUUGGAUUGACCCAAGAAUGUUCAUUAACAAAACGUUGCACUUGUGUUUGCCCCUUCUAAAGAUGUGACAGCCACAGACAAAUCAAACCCGGGUGGAAGAUUUCAUUAGGGUUCUGUAAGUCUUAGAAAUCUCUUCAGUGAAGAUUUUGGGGAAGCAGUGGCACAGCAGAUUAAGGACCUUGAUUGGCUUUGCAUCCUGGCAAAUCACUGCCUUUUCUGGUUUACUGUUCCGGACCACUAACUGCUGCAAUGUGGAUGCAAGCUUACAGGAAACCAACCUAGUGUGUCCUAAGUUUUAUGAAAAAUUCAGUGUUUG